ACAAAUAAAAAUAUUGUUUUCCAGAUUUGACACACUAGCAACUGCCAUGGAAGGAAAUGUUGCAGGAUCUUGUCUUUGCAAAGGAGUCCAGUAUUAUGUUCCCAACAAGCCUUUACAGUGGUUUCGGUGCCAUUGCUCCAUGUGCAGGAAGGCCAUCGGUUCAGAACACUGCACUUUCAUUGCUGUGAAUGAUACAAACCUUGAGUUCAAAAGCAAGAAAACCCUCAAGGAAUUCCAGAGCUCAAAGCAUGUAGUGAGGUCUUUCUGCAGUACUUGUGGGUGCUCAAUCAGUAUGAAGUAUGACAGUGAAGUAGAUUUGAUUUGGUUUAAUGCUGCAACUUUAGAUGUAGAGCUCCCAGUAGUUGACCCUCACCAAGUCUACCUUAAGGAUAAAGUCCCUUACUUGGACAUCAUGUCUAAGGCACCAAGUGCUAUUGACCAGUCAAUGUGUGCAGACAAAGAUUUGUAACUAACCAUUUCUUGCAGACAUAUUGUUAUUUUACUGUAUGACUUCAUUUAAAAUGGAUUCUAAUGUUAUUCUUUUCUCCUGCAUACUUUGGUACCCAGCAUAUAUGCUUGAGUAUAAUCUACUUAAAUGAUUAAA